AUGUAUAUCAGUAAUCAGAGAGUAAAUAUUACAACAUUAGGACUUCCCAACUCUAUUGUUGCAGAAAAUAGAGAAAUAGUAAAAAUAAUUUUUGAUGUUUUAAUUUACUUGGCUCGACAAAAUUCUGCAUUUCGAGGACAUGAUGAAAGCUGGAGCUCUAAAAACCAAGGUAAUUUCUUAGAAUUGUUAAAAUUAAUGUCAAAACAUAAUGCUUUACUUAAAUCUCAUUUGAGUAAAAUAACAAAUGCUUCAAAAAAAAACCGUAUAACAUUUCUCUCCAGCGACAGUCAAAAUACAAUGUUAAAUGUACUUGGUGAAAUAGUUCGAUUAGAAAUUUUAAAAAAGGUAAAAAAAGCUCGAGUGUUUUCUAUUAUAAUAGACACAACUACCGAUGUGGCUAACCUGGAACAGUUUUCACUUGUAUUGCGUUUUGUUAAUGAUGAUCAUCAGCCUGAAGAACGCCUUAUCGCAGUUAAAGUAGCAAGUGAUGCGUCUGGAAAAGGUUUGUUUGAUUUAUUUUGUGAGAUUUGUAAUAUUUACGAAUUAGAUUGGGAAAAUAAUUUAUGUGCUCAGUCAUAUGAUGGAGCUGCCUGUAUGCAAGGGCAAUAUUCUGGAGUACGUUCAUACAUACAGGACAAAAAUCCUCAAGCCAUAUAUAUUUGGUGCUUUUCUCACAUACUAAAUCUUGUAAUUGUUGAAACAUGUGAUAAAAGCACAAGUAUGAGAAACUUCUUUGGUGAAUUGCAAUCAUUAAUAAGUUAUAUGAGAGCAAGGAAACGUACUGCUAUAUUUAAAGAACAACAAAUAAAAAUUUAUCCUGAUCAAAGAGUCUGUCGCAUUAAAAAUUUUUCUACAACUCGAUGGACUUCCCAUGAUCGAGCAAUUUCUAUUAUUCACGAUAAAUAUGAAGCACUAUUGAUGACUUUAGAAGAAUUAACCAAUUCACCAGAUCGAGAUUGCUCUUCAACAGCUAAAAAUUUACAUACCAUCAUAUCUUCAUUUACAUUUGUCCUAAAUCUUAAGUUAAUGAAAAAAAUAUUUUUUUACACCACUCCAUUAUCAGUCUACCUUCAAUCACCAGCAAUUGAUUUUAUCCAGGCUUUAACUAUGGUAGAUAAUGUGAGUAAACAAAUUAAAAAGUUAAGGACAAAUCAUGAGGCUGAAAAUUUAUUGAAUGAAGCCAAAACAUUUGCAAGUGACAAGGGUCUUACUGAAAGCUGUUUGCCAGAUGUACGUGUCCGACGUAGAAAAAUAAUGCCUGGUGAAGCACCAACAGAAUAUUUAAUUGUAAAUCCGUUAGACAAAUUCAGAACAGAAGUUUAUUUUGUUAUUUUAGAUCAAAUUACAAAUUCUAUCUUUAUGAGAUUUGACGGGGCUCGAAAUAUAUUAAAAGACUUUUCGAUUCUUUCCUAUGGCCGUCUUAUGGCUACAAGUAAUGGAGAACCUAUUCCCAAUGAUUUAUUUGAAACACUGGUGCAAUGGAUUCCAAAUUUACAACUUGAAGAAUUGAAAAAUGAAUAUUUAAUAUUUGCUUCAAGUUUUAAAAAUCUGCAAUCCAAUUUGAAUCUUACAUCAUUAUCCAAUCCUGAUAAUGAAAUAAGUAUUACUGAAGAAAAUACAGAUACAUGUGAUUCUGAUAGUAGUUCUAAUAGUAAUACAUUAACAAAAAUUGCUGAAAAAAAUCUUACAUCAAUACAAAUUUUAAAAUUAAUUAGCUCAUACGGGUUAUGUGCAGCAUUCCCUAAUUUGUUUGUUGCUUACAAGUAUUUAUGUACCAUUCCAGCCACUUCUGUCUCAAGUGAACGAUCAUUCUCAAAGCUUAAGCUCAUCAAAACUCGUUUACGCUCCACUAUGCAGCAAAAUCGUUUAGAAAGCUUACUUUUACUAUCAUGUGAGAGGGACAUUUAUAUAGAUCUGGAAGAGGCUAUAAAUAAAUAUGCAUUUACUUCAAAUGUUUUGAAUAAAUUAUUAUUAUUUAAAUAA